GGACUUGCGGAGGUCUACCCGCCGAGGACUCGGCACCCAAAUCCAGUGCUGAGUGUACAACUUCGCUUGAGAGGAGGCCGAGGCCGCUGGGCUCUAGGUGGCCGCACUGGGGCCGCUCCGAAGGGGCUAAACCGGCCGCAGCUUCAACUAUGGUUGCGCCCGCCGUAUUGCGCGCUCUGCGCAAGAACAAGACCUUUCGCUACGGAGUCCCUAUGUUGUUGUUGGUUGUUGGAGGUUCCUUUGGUCUUCGUGAAUUUUCACAAAUCCGAUAUGACGCUGUGAAGAUUAAGGUUGAUCCUGAAUUGGAAAAAAAAUUGAAAGAGAAUAAAAUAACUUUAGAGUCUGAAUAUGAGAAAAUAAAGGACUCCACUUUUGAAGACUGGAAGAAUAUUCGAGGCCCAAGGCCUUGGGAAGAUCCUGAACUCCUCCAAGGACGAAACCCAGAAACCCUUAAGCCUAAGGCAGCCUGACUGUGCUCAGUUUUUCAAUAAAAUGUUCUCAACUGGACCUGUACUCCAUUAGGAAGAAGAUUCCAGACCUGUGUAAACCUAGAUGUGAGUAAUGUGAUGGAAGAAAAUUUGAACUAAAAAGUCAAGUAUAAGUUUUAUGCUUUCCAGCCAGUCUACUUGCAAAUGAAAGUAGCAGUGUUGAACAAACACUUACACGCAUCAGUAAAAAUGUGACCACUGCUGCCAUAAUGUGCCAUGCAUCCUCUUUUUCUACAAGCCACUAGUACACUUUGCUACCUUGUUUUGGUUUCUGAUGAAAGUCAUAGGCUUGGAUCCAGAUUUUCCAAAUAAGAUUGUGACUUUAUGUUAAAACUAUAAAUAAGCAGUCAUAAUCUA